AUGAAUAGCAAAACUAACUUAAGAUAAAUGAUAUCAAAAAGAACUCCUUUAAAUGAAAGAGUAAACAGAAACACAUACGAUUAGGAUGUUAAAUCUACUAAUAAAUCAUUUACUUCUGGUAAAAAAUAAUCAGCUAAUAAAAUAAACUCGAUCAUUAGUGACAUGCUGUCAAAACGUUAAAGUUCAUAAGAUAUCUAAAAUCCAAAAGCAUCCUUGAUUAGAUUAGACACUAGUAAUCAAAAUACAUCAUAGAGAUCUAUUUCACCUACCAAACUAUAUCAAAUGCCUGAAUCACUCAAAAAAAUAUAUAACUAAAUCCAUCAAAAAUUUGCUGAUUCAUCCAACUCUAAAAAUUUCACUAGACCAAAGUCAAAACUUCUUAAGUAAAGAACAGAAGAAUCAAAGUUUUCAACUCAAUGCACACCCACUUCAGAUUACACUGAAUAAUAUUUGACCAACUUAGUCAAUCAAGAGGAGUGCGUCUUUACUAUUUUGGCCGUUGUUACUAAACAAAGAAAAGUAGUAAAGUUGUGUUAGAAUUUUCUGAAUGCUAUUCCCCAAUCUUAAGGAGAUUGCAAAGAUAUUAUUCAAUAGAAAAUUGUGUGUAAACAAAUGCUGUUAGAAAGAAUGGGAAUUUUCGUUAUUAUGCUCUAAGCUUUGACCCAAAAUUAUGAGGAUGAAUUAUAACAUAUUAAGAAUCUCUUACUUUAUAUACACAAUGGUAUGGUGAUUUAUCUAGAGUUUUUAAUCAAGCAAAAUCUAACUGAGGAUUAGAAGCACAUUCUUUAGAAUAGAUUAAGUAAAAUAAAACAAAAUAGAAGAGCGAACAAAGCAGUUUAGGAUAUUACUUAAUUGAAGAAACAUGCCAAUGUUGUUCAUUCAUUAUUAAUCUUAUUCAUAGAAAAUUCGAGUGAUUUAAAGUGUGCAAGACUGGAGAAAUUGUUAUAAAAUAUCGAUUAGAUUUCAUUAUAAUAAGGCACAAUGCUAAUCAAACAAUAAUUUGAGAAAGUCAUUUGUGAAAUCAAUAAGAUGAGGUAGACUAUAGAUACUAAUGAAACUGAGAAGACUCUCGAAUAAGAAGAAAUAGAAAAACAUUUGGAACUCAAAAUACCUUACUUGCCAAAAUUUAAUGGGUAUACUUUGGUGAUCGAUUUGGAUGAAACUUUAGUUCAUUAUCAAGAAUUAGUAGAUGAUGGUUAAUUCUUAGUUAGACCAUAUGCUGAACAAUUCUUAAUUGAAAUGAGCAAAUAUUAUGAAAUAGUGAUAUUCACAGCAGCAUUGCAGGAUUAUGCAGAUUUCAUCCUAGAUUUGAUCGACAAAGACAAUGUCAUUUCUCAUAGACUGUACAGAUAGCACACUACAUAAAUAGAUGGAACACAUGUUAAAGAUUUGACAUUUGUCGGUAGAGAUUUAAAUACAACUAUCAUAAUUGAUAAUAUGGCUGAAAAUUUCUAGCAUCAACCAGAAAAUGGUAUUUGCAUCUAAAGUUGGUAUGGCGAUGAGGAUGAUAGAGCUUUAUAUUAAUUGGCUCCCAUUCUAUCGCAAAUAGUUAUUAAAAAAUGCAAAGAUAUCAGGAAUGCUUUGAGAUGUCUUAGAAAUUAAAUGCUUGAAAACAUAGAAAAUGGUGUUGAAGAUCCUCACUUGCAUUUAUCAUUGAAUUGA